ACAAGCCCAUAUUCGAUUUUGAGAGAGUCGCCAUGGGUCGUGUGAUUCGCAACCAGAGGAAGGGUCGUGGAUCCAUUUUCACGGCCAACACCCGCCUGAACAAGGCCCCUGCCCAGUUCCGUGUCCUCGACUACGCCGAGCGCCAUGGAUACACCCGCGGUGUGGUGAAGGAGAUCAUCCACGACCCCGGCCGUGGUGCUCCUCUUGCCCGGGUCCAGUUCCGUCACCCCUACAAGUUCAAGCACAUCACCGAGACCUUCAUCGCCAACGAGGGCAUGUACACCGGCCAAUUCAUCUACGCCGGCAAGAACGCCACCCUGACCGUCGGCAACAUCCUCCCUCUGGCCUCCGUUCCCGAGGGUACCGUUGUGACCAACGUGGAGGAGAAGGCUGGUGACCGUGGUGCUCUUGGCCGCACCUCCGGUAACUACGUUACCGUCAUUGGCCACAACCCCGAGGAUGGCAAGACCAGAAUCAAGCUUCCUAGCGGUGCCAAGAAGGUCGUCAAGAGCACCUCCCGCGGUAUGGUCGGUAUCGUUGCCGGUGGUGGUCGUACCGACAAGCCCCUGCUCAAGGCUUCUCGUGCCAAGCACAAGUUCGCUGUCAAGCGCAACUCGUGGCCCAAGACUCGUGGUGUUGCCAUGAACCCUGUGGAUCACCCUCACGGUGGUGGUAACCACCAGCACAUUGGUAAGGCCUCGACCAUCUCCCGCUACGCCGCCCACGGUCAAAAAGCCGGUCUUAUUGCUGCCCGGAGAACUGGUCUCCUCCGCGGUACCCAGAAGACCAAGGAGUAAGCGUGUGUUUGUGCGGAGUUUUCUUUUCUGUGACGGGGUUCAAAAUGCUCUUCUGCUACGAGAGAUAUAUGUACUUAGGCGACUAUGGAUCACGUCCUUAGCGAAUUAAGGUUGUGGCCACCCUAUUCCCUAAUGCUCACCAGAACGCCGGGCCCUUGCGAUACCUUUUACAUGGCAUACUCGAGCAGGCCAGAAAAAAUCGAUGAUAUCAAAAAUGAGAAAUUCCAU